AUGGAGUCCUGGAGGACGGAUGGGUGUGGUGUCGCGGUAACCUCAGUGGCGACGGCGGCAGCGGUGAUCGUGGCGGCGGCGGCGGCUUUCGCGGCGGCGGCGGCGCGGAUGGCAGGAGUCGCGGGGGGCGCUCGCACGCUAGGGCGUGGGCGACUCAACCCCGGAUCCGACAGGGUUCUGUGUAUCCCGGCGUCGUAUAAUGCCUCCCCCGCUCCGAGGGCGGGGGGGCGCGGUGCGGGAGUAGCGGGUUCAACGGCCCGGGCCGGAUCGCGUCGCGAGCCCGCUCGACCGCUUGCGGAGCGGGAGCGGGGGACGCCCGGCGUCGAGCCGGUGGAGUGGUUCUGGCUCAUCGUAUUCGAUGUUGAUGUUAGGAGACGUCGUGCACGGCCUGAAGCCUGCAACGCGUUCCCUCGCCCCAGAGGCGUCGCUACCGGUGAGACCCGCUGGUGGGAGGCCGGAGCUAGCCACAGGCAAGGUUCAGCGCGACAGGCUGGCGAUCGUUGUGCUGGGCGGCUUCUCGUUGGUUACUCCGUCGGUUUUGGUCACCAAAACCGAACGGAGACUUGUUUGUGGUAA